AUGUUUCUGUCGCUGUGUAUGGGCCACUCGCACCUCCCACUUGAUCUGAUGAGAACGGUGGUUGUUCCCAUAGUUAAAAAUAAAACAGGGGACGUGGCGGACAAGGGCAACUAUCGGCCCAUCUCACUGGCGACUAUUGUAGCGAAGGUGCUCGACAGCCUGCUGGACUCUGUGCUGGGGGGAUAUCUAAAUCUACACGACGCACAAUUUGGGUUUAGACCUGGUCUCUCCACAGAAAGUGCUAUCCUUAGCCUGAAGCACACGGUCCAGUACUACACAAAAAGACAAACACCAGUAUAUGCUGCGUUUCUAGAUCUUUCGAAAGCCUUCGAUCUUGUGUCUUACGAUGUGCUUUGGGCUAAACUCCGGGAGAGGCAGGUGCCGGCAGAGCUGUUGCGCAUCUUUCAAUUUUGGUACCUGAAUCAGAUUCCAUCAUUAGCUACGGACUAG